AUGACAAAUUACGAAGAUAUCGAAGCGAAGUACUUGAAAUUACCAAAAGAAAUAUUCCAAGCAAAGCCAUUAGUCAAUUUAAACUUUUUCAACUUUGUUAAUUCAUACAUUAAAGAAGAGGAAAAUCAAACGGAUAUUAAGUCAACACCAAAGACAGCAGACAAGCAAAAAUCAAUAUUAUUGCAAAAAGAUCAUGAGCCUAAUACUACUAAAAAUGCUCGUAUUGCAGGAUCUAAAGAAAAUCAAAUUUCAACUCCUCAAAGCAAUAAGAAUAAACCAAUUCUUUCACCUGAACAAAUUUCGAAGAAUCAAAACAAGCAAAACUCGACACCGAAGUCACCAUCUUCGCCAACAAAUUCGAAGAAAAACCAAACAUCAGCAAAGAAUUCACCACGUUCAAAACAAUCAUCAGUUGUCGAAAGGAGCCUCCCUGCAGAUGAGUUCCCAAUUGAUGUUCCUACAUUAGGUGAUUCCGGAAACCUCUCUGAAGCGUUGAAGCCAGAGAAUCAAACACCUAUCAAGGAAUCAAAGACACCGCAGAAGAAUACCGAAAAAUCAACUCCAAAGGAAAAGUCAAAUUCAUCUCCAUCAAAGUCUCCUAAAGAAAAGAAGGAAGAAAAAGAAAGACUCCGUGCCGAAAAGAUCCAAAGAGAAUUAGAAGAGAAACAGGCUCAAAAGCAGAAAGAAAUUGAACAAAGUCCAAAGAUGGAUAAAAACCGUCAACGCGAGCUCGAGGCACAAAGGAGAGCCAAAGAAGAAGAGCUCAUGGAACAAGAGUAUCUCGAACUUCUUAAGGAGAAAGGCAAUACGAUCUUAUCUCCUGCCAAAGAAGAAAAAUCCAAUGAAGAAGAAAUUCAAAAGAAGAAAGCUGAGGAAGAAGCUGAACAAAAGAGGAUUGAAGAGCAAAAGAAGAAGGCAGAAGAAGAGAGAAAGAAGCAGGAAGAAGAAAAGAAGAAGGCUGAGGAAGAAGCCGCGAGAAAGAAAUUAGAAGAAGAAAGAAAAUUAGCUGAGGAAGAAGCCCAAAGAAAGAAAUUAGAAGAAGAGGAGAAGAAGGCUGAGGAAGAAGCCGAGAGAAAGAAGAAAUUAGAAGAAGAAAGAAAGAAAGCAGAGGAAGAGGCUGAAGAACAAAGAAGAAGAGAAGAAAAAGCAGCAGAAGAGAAAAGAAAACAAAAGUACCAAGAUGAAAAAAGGAAGGCUAAAGAAGAAGCAAAGGCAAAGAAGAAUCAUGACACACCUACUAAGUCUCCCAAAGAAAAACGUGAAAAGAAAGAGAAACAGAUUGAAGAAAGAAUUCUUAAGGAAGAAGAGGAGAAACAACCUCAAAGCCAAAAACAGAUAGAGCAAGAGAAAAAGAUGACUAAACAAGACCAGCGCGAUCUUGAAAGAGAAAGGAAACUUAAAGAGGAAGAAGAGAUGGAAAUGCAAUUUCUUCAACUUCAAAAAGAGAAACAAAACAGAUAUGCAUCACCAGUCAAAGCUGAUCACAAUGAAAGCAAGGAAGGAGAUAACGAGAGAAAGGUAAAGGAAGUCGAAGAAAAGAAGGCCAAAGAAGCUGAAGAAGAAGCAGAAAAGAAGAGAUUAGAAGAAGAAGCUGCUGAAAAGAAGGCUAAAGAAGCUGCGGAAAAGAAGAGAUUAGAAGAAGAAGCUGCUGCCGAAAAGAAGAGACAACAAGAAGAAGCCGAAAAGAAGGCUAAAGAAGCUGCUGAAAAGAAGAGAUUAGAAGAAGAAGAAGCUGCGGAAAAGAAGAGAUUAGAAGAAGAAGCUGCUGAAAAGAAGAGAUUAGAAGAAGCUGAAAAGAAGAGACAACAAGAAGAAGCCGAAAAGAAGGCUAAAGAAGCUGCUGAAAAGAAGAGAUUAGAAGAAGAAGAAGCUGCGGAAAAGAAGAGAUUAGAAGAAGAAGCUGCUGAAAAGAAGAGAUUAGAAGAAGCUGAAAAGAAGAGACAACAAGAAGAAGCCGAAAAGAAGAGAUUAGAAGAAGAAGCUGCGGAAAAGAAGAGAUUAGAAGGAGCUGCUGCCGAAAAGAAGAGACAACGAGAAGAAGCUGAAAAGAAGGCCAAAGAAGAAGCAGAUAGAAAGGCCAAAGAAGAAGCAGAUAGAAAGGCUAAAGAAGAAGCAGAUAGAAAGGCCAAAGAAGAAGCAGAAAGAAAGGCCAAAGAAGAGGCAGAAAGAAAGGCCAAAGAAGAAGCAGAUAGAAAGAAGAAGGCAGCAGAUUUGAAGAAGAAGCAGCAAGAAGAGGCCCAAGCAAAGAAAGCCAGGGAAGAAGAAGAGAAGAGAAUGAAAGAAGAGGAAGAACUCGCACAAAAGAAGGCAGAGCAAGAAGCAAUCGCGCGUCUUCAAGAAGAAAAGCGCCGCCAGGAAGAGUUAGAUAACAAAAAGAAGCAACAAGAAGAAAACAAGAGAAAGCAAAUGAUGAACCAGAAGAAACAAGAACUCGAGAAGAAGAAAGCAGAAGAAAUCAAGAAACGCCAGAACGAAGAGAAGCAACAGAAGAUCAACCAAGAAAAGCUUCAAAAUGAAGAAAAGAAGCGUCAAAACGAAGAGAAACAAAAUAAUUUGAAGAAAGAGCAAAAGAACAAAGAACUCAGCCAGAAACUUGAGCUUCUCGAGAAACAAAACAAAGAAACAGAAGAACUUCUCGAGUCAAAUCUCAAGAUACGUGAUUUACCAAACGAUUUAUCCAUCGCUUUAGACAACUUAGAAGCCAAAUCACAACAAAGUUCCAAAGCUUUUAACACAGCACAGAAGAAAUACCAAGAUGUCAAAUCCCGGUCAAUUGUUUUGGGAUCUGAUGACGAAUUAAUUGACGUUGAACCACAAAACAUCGUAGAAGAAGUUGAAGACAAAGUCAAUGCACAAAAGAUUAUCGAAUCAUCCAAAUCAGUCAUCAAUUCACUGAACAAGAAACAACCAAUUAAACCGCAAAAUAGUUCAGAAAAGGCUGUAUCAAAUAUCAAGUCGAAUUUUGAUGACGAAAUAAAGAAGAGGAAAGACGAUAAGAUAAAGAUGGAUAAGGAAAACGAACAAAUGGCUGAAGACCUUAAGAUCAAGGAAAGAAAUAGAAUUACCAAGGAAUACAUCGAUGUCAAAACUGUAGAAAGAAUUAAUAAAAUUAUUGAAAAACAAAAAGAUUAUGAUUCGCCGAAGAAAUCAUCGAAUGCAGCCAAGAGCUUCAAGACAAUACCUAAUGUCGAUCAUAUGCCUCCUGCUUUAUCAUUGACAGAAAAAGAACAAUUAAUUGCCAAAAUUGAUCAGAAAUUCUUUUUGUCAUCUGAAGUUUUAGCAAUUUUGGCUUUGUUUAUUAUUAUCCUUAUUGCAGUGUAUGUUGCCAAAAUGUAA